CAGCUUUGCAUCUUUGCUAUGUACCUCACAUAAACACUUUUGUUGCUACUUUUCUUCCCUGCCUCUUAGCUUGAAAGCUUGUCUCAUCGGGAGUUUGUGUCGUGCUAGCCACACGAACCGACUAUUAUUUAGCUUUUUCUAAAGCUAGCUAGCUAACACUGAUAGGCGUCGUUCUCGCUGGUCGCUCAGCCCAGGGGAAUCUGAUGUUGUCGUUAGUAUCAAUGCUAUUACAUAAUGUGGCCGUAAGCUGUUGAUGUAGCUUAAAACCAGUCUAUUUAGAUAAAAUACGCCUUUAACUCGCACACCUGUUACAAAGAUUUGGGUGGCAGUUGUUGGAUUUUUACAAUGGGAGUCAGCAGAAUUUACAUUAGCAUCGGAUAUUCUAUCUUUGGUACCCUGGUUGGACUUUCGGCUUUCUUGGUCUGGAAUAUAGCAUACAAACAGCCAUGGACGGCGGCCAUGGGAGGCCUGUCAGGAGUGUUGGCGCUCUGGUCUCUUGUCACACACAUCAUGUACCUGCAGGACUUCUGGCGCACUUGGCUCAAAGGCCUCAAGUUCUUCAUCGCUGUUGGUGUGCUCUUCUCAUCCUUGGCAGUGGCCGCCUUCAUCACCUUCCUAACGCUUGCCAUCAUACACAUGCAAUCUCCUACUGACCCAAGGAGCCUUUAUCUCUCCUGUGUGUGGAGCUUCCUGACUCUCAAAUGGUCCUUCCUCUUGGCCUUAUACUCCUACAGAUAUCGCCAGGAGUUUGCAGACAUCAGCAUCCUCAGCGACUUCUAGUCGGUACUGAUUUUAUGGACCGCGAUGGACUUUGAGAGGUUAUAGGCAGCCAGCAGGAGCUGGUCAAAGAGCUUUUGUAACAAAGAGGAGGAAGCGCAUACAUGGCUAGAUUUAAGAAGUCACCUGACUUUUACCAUAAGGAGUUGCACUUGUUUUACUUGCUUAACAAGCUCUGUAUUUGUAUCUUCAUCUGUUGUCCUACUUUUAAUGAUCCAAAUAUUAUAUUCCUGUUAAUAGUCUGACCUUCUGAAGACUGGAGCUGCUUUUGAGUUCAUUGCUUGCGGCUCUGUAUGGAGAGACAUGCUGUGUUUUUAAGAUUUUAUCUUUGUGUUGUUGAAUCUUAAAACCGCUAAUACAUAUAAGGAAAUCCCCAUCGUGACAGGCUUUUAAUCUAAUGAAUAACUGUGAAAAUACUCCUAAAGCUAAAAUCCUCAGAACCAAAACUAAAACCUCCUACCUGAAGCCACUCUGCUAAUUGCUAGGUUGACCGUGUUUGCUGGAGUGCUUGAAUGUUUGUACUCAAAUGAGCUUUUUCAUAGUUGUCUUUGAACAACAGAAUACUCCCAUCACUACACAGUCACUGUCUUGGUGUCUGCAAAGGCAGUCUCUUAGCUCCCUUUAUCGUCAAUGUCCCAAUUUGUGAAACCUUUUUUCAUUCAAUCACUGAUAUGAAUAGUUACUAUUAUUUAAAGCGUUUUAAUGAGGGUAGUUGAUGUACUUUAUUUCUCACUUCUUAUUCCACAUUUACUUUUAGGAGAACUAAAGAAAAGGCUUUCCUGUGGAAUUAGUUGUUUUCAUCUUUUGUUCCACCAUGGGGAGACUUGCUUUUCUUUUUUUAUCAAGAGUCCACUGGAGAAUGAUGACAUUCCUCUUAAGAGAAAACCCAAAUUAGUUUGAUAAAUAUUGCACUUUAGUCUUUGAUAUCGAUGCCAUUGUUUUGCACACAGAUCCUGAUGCAAUGGAAGUAAUUAUGUUUUACACAGUCAUCUCUGUCUCACCAUUUUAAAUGUUUAAAUACAUAAUUAGUGUGUAAUAAUUUUACAGUUGGCAUGUUUUGUACAACUAGGCUUUGUAAGUGUGUUGCUCAUGUCUACCAUAAAACCAUAUUAAAUGUAUUUUUGUUGAUGAAUGUGAGGAUGCUACAUGUAAAUAGAAUCUCAACCCAUUAAAGGUGCAUUUAUUGUUAA